AGUAUCUGGCAACUUUUCAUAAUGACUGCUUUUUUUAUUGUUCAAACAAGAACCAGAGUAUGAAAGUAUGUCCCUCGGGCUUCGGCAACGCCAACAUUUCCCCCAUCAAACCCGUGAGAGACAGUCAGCCAGUCAGUUCUGAGCACAAGCGCCAGUCAGUCGUGAAGUAGAAUUGGUACUUGUCUCUGCGUCGAGAGAGAGAGAGCGUCACUUUUCGUUCAAGUUUUCUGUGUGUUUACCUUUCGUCGAACUACAUUUGUUUAUUCUGAGUAAUCAAAGCGCCAAAUUCUGACCAGCGAUGGAGAGAUGGAGAGGAAGGGUGGCGCUGGUGACUGGGGCCAGUGCAGGCAUCGGAGCGGCAAUCUGUGAAAAGCUCGUUUCGUAUGGAAUGGUGGUCAUCGGAGCAGCCAGGAAUGUCCAGAAAAUACAGGAUUUGUCAAGAGAGCUCAAGGAACAGCCAGGAAAGCUGGUGGCUGUGAAGUGUGACUUGACCAAGGACGAGGACAUCGCAAGCCUCUUCGCCUUCAUCAAGGAGGAACACCAAGGUGUAGAUGUCUGCAUCAACAAUGCUGGCAUGUCACGAAACCAUAGUCUUCUAGAAGGAAACACGGAAGAAUGGAGAGAAAUGUUAGACAUCAAUGUCGUUGCCUUGUGCCACUGCACCAGAGAAGCCGUCAAAUCGAUGAGGGACAGAGGCGUCAACGAUGGACACAUCAUUCACAUUAGCAGCGUCUGUGGUCAUGUUGUGUUCGACUACCCCAAUAUACAUUUCUACACGGCCACAAAGUUUGCAGUGACCGCUCUCACUGAAGGCCUCAGACAAGAACUUCGAAAUCUGAAGUCAAACAUCAGAGUUUCUACCAUAAGCCCCGGUCUUGUUAAGACCGAGUUCUUUGAAAGGAUGACGCAAUCUCAAUCCGUGCACGAUAUCUACUCAAGCCAACCCCACAUAUCUUCAAGCGAUGUAGCUUCGAGCGUCUGCCACGCACUGGCAGCCCCUCCUCAUGUCCAGAUUCACGAAAUCAUAGUACAACCUGUGGGGACAUAGUAAGACAAAUAAGAAUUGGCGUAUCCAACGCUGUCGGCUGAGACUAGAAUUCUCUCUCUCUCUCUCUCUCUCUCUCUCUCUCUCUCUUGUUCUUCCUC